AUGGCGGGCCGCAUCCCCGUCGUGCGGGCAGACCCCGCGCAGGGGCAGGGCACAGGAGAAAACGGCGACGGGUUGCAGAUGCGGUCGAAGGGCCUGCUGCCCGCGCUUGGCGUCGGCGGUGCCGUGUACCUGAUCACGGGGGUCGUGUCGAUGGGCACGCUCGCCAUGGUGGGCAUAGGGGCCGGAGUGGGCUACGGCGUGGGGACGUGGCUCAGCGACCAGUACCAGAAGAAGAAGAGCGAGCAGGAGGCCAGGGAGGGGCGCGGGCGCGGGCACCAGCAGCCCAUGCAGCUGCCGGAGGAGCUGCAGGUGUCCGUGAUGCAGUGGCAGACCUACCUUCAGCAGCGGGCCGCGGGCGCGGAGGCCCAGUUACAGCAGCCUGAGCUCGAGGCACUCUUCGCCGAGUUCGCCCAGGUUGAGCCCAUCCACGCCAGGAGAACGUUCAGAUUGUGCAGGGCCUGGUCAGCGGCAAUUCCUCCGGAGGCGUGGCUGCCGAGGUGUGAGGAGGCGGAGAGGCCCUCUGCCUCGGAGCCGCGCGGCGUCGGCCCGGGUGAUUCGCCGGCCGCUCCGGCCGCCUCCUGCCGAAGCUCGUCGCGCGCAGUGCGUGCCCCGGCGCCCGCCCUCUGCGGCCGUCCUCCGCCUCUCCCCCCCCCUCUCGCGCCGCAACGGGCCACUCGUAGUGAGCCUCGCCCGGGCUGCGAGAGUGCGCGUGCGGAACUUCUCACCUCGCCUCUGCCUCUGCCGCGCGGCGGAAGAGCUGCGUGCGGGGCGCCCUGGCCUGUCAAGGAGGUGUCUACCUACGUGCACCCCCGCGGGGCCCUGGGAGCGGCGCAGCGCGAGGCCGCGCGGCGGAGUGCCCUUGAGGCCUCUGAGCACUGGCCCGACCUAUCAUUGGUUUCGUGA